GUUGGUUUCAGACUCUCUGACACUCCCCGCUGCUGCCUACUCAGUCUCCUUGCGUUUGCGUCGGACGGGGACAUUCAAGUCGACUAAACUUUGUAAUUCUGAAAAUAAUCAAGCACAGCGUUUUGUAAGCCGUUUCCCCCUCAGACUGUGUUUAAGGAGGUGAUGCUGGGGGUAGCUGGGAUGACGGGCAGCUUUGCGAAUGCCCUGGUCAGCGCAGUGUGUGAGCGGUGUAAAAGUGGCUUCGCUCCAACUGAGAAAAUCGUCAACAGUAAUGGAGAGCUUUACCACGAGCAGUGCUUUGUCUGCGCCCAGUGUUUCCAGCAGUUUCCAGAAGGACUCUUCUAUGAGUUUGAAGGCAGGAAAUACUGUGAGCAUGACUUCCAGAUGCUCUUCGCACCCUGCUGCCACCAGUGUGGGGAGUUCAUCAUCGGUCGUGUCAUUAAGGCCAUGAACAACAGUUGGCACCCUGACUGCUUCUGCUGCGAUAUUUGUCAGGCAGUACUUGCAGAUGUGGGGUUUGUCAAAAAUGCUGGCAGGCACUUGUGUCGUCCAUGCCAUAAUCGGGAGAAGGCUCGGGGUCUAGGCAAGUAUAUCUGCCAGAAGUGCCAUGCUAUUAUUGAAGAGCAGCCGCUGAUCUUUAAGAACGAUCCAUAUCACCCUGACCACUUCAACUGUAACAACUGCGGAAAAGAGCUGACUGCUGAUGCAAGAGAACUGAAAGGGGAGCUCUUCUGUUUGCCCUGCCAUGAUAAGAUGGGUGUGCCAAUCUGUGGUGCCUGCAGGAGGCCCAUUGAGGGACGUGUGGUCAACGCCAUGGGCAAGCAGUGGCAUGUGGAGCACUUUGUUUGUGCCAAAUGUGAGAAACCUUUCCUCGGUCACCGCCAUUAUGAGAGAAAAGGUUUGGCUUAUUGUGAGACGCAUUACAAUCAGCUCUUUGGGGACGUGUGUUAUCACUGCAACCGUGUGAUUGAAGGCGAUGUUGUGUCUGCUCUCAACAAAGCCUGGUGUGUCAGUUGUUUCUCCUGCUCCACCUGCAACACCAAGCUCACUCUCAAGUAAGUCUUAAUAUGUUCGUUGAUGCAAACCAUAAAAUCU